GACGUUGGGGCCCAGGCCCUGUUCUCCGUGCCACGGAGGCCCGGCUAUGGCACCGUGGGGAAACCCAUCAAGCUGCUGGCCAACUGCUUCCAGGUGGAGAUCCCCAAGAUGGACGUCUACCUGUAUGAGGUGGACAUCAAGCCUGAGAAGUGUCCACGCCGCGUGAACAGGGAGGUUGUGGACUCCAUGGUGCAGCAUUUUAAAGUCACCAUAUUUGGGGAUCGAAGGCCAGUUUAUGAUGGGAAGAAAAGCCUCUACACCGCCAACCCACUGCCUGUGGCGCCUGCGGGGGUGGAUCUGGACGUUACGCUGCCAGGGGAGGGGGGUAAAGACCGACCCUUUAAAGUCAGUAUUAAAUUUGUGUCCCUGGUGAGCUGGCACCUGUUGCACGAGGUACUAACCGGUCGCAGUACAGCCGAGCCGCUGGAGCUGGACAAGCCAAUCAGCACCAACCCAGUUCACGCUGUGGACGUGGUGCUACGCCAUCUACCCUCCAUGAAGUACACACCCGUGGGCCGCUCGUUCUUCUCUGCCCCGGAGGGCUACGACCAUCCUCUGGGUGGAGGCAGAGAGGUGUGGUUCGGCUUCCACCAGUCUGUUCGGCCGGCCAUGUGGAAGAUGAUGCUCAACAUUGACGUGUCAGCCACGGCUUUCUACAAAGCACAGCCAGUUAUUCAGUUCAUGUGUGAGGUACUGGACAUCCACAACAUCGACGAGCAGCCUCGGCCCCUCACAGACUCCCACCGAGUCAAAUUCACCAAAGAAAUCAAAGGUCUGAAGGUGGAGGUGACACACUGCGGAACCAUGCGGAGGAAGUACCGGGUCUGCAAUGUGACCCGCCGGCCUGCCAGCCACCAAACGUUCCCUUUGCAGUUGGAGAACGGCCAAACUGUAGAACGAACAGUAGCUCAGUAUUUCAGAGAGAAGUACAGCCUGCAGCUCAAAUACCCCCACCUGCCCUGCCUACAGGUGGGCCAGGAGCAGAAACACACCUACCUGCCCCUGGAGGUGUGUAAUAUUGUAGCAGGGCAGCGGUGCAUCAAGAAACUGACAGAUAAUCAAACGUCCACCAUGAUCAAAGCCACAGCGCGAUCAGCACCAGACAGACAGGAGGAGAUCAGCAGACUGGUGCGCAGUGCUAACUAUGAAGCAGACCCGUUUGUGCAGGAGUUCCAGUUUAAGGUGCGAGACGAGAUGGCCCACGUGACGGGGCGUGUGUUGCCUGCGCCCAUGCUGCAGUACGGGGGCAGGGUGAGCACAGAGCACUUUAUGAACCGCACUGUAGCCACACCCAGCCAUGGAGUUUGGGACAUGAGAGGGAAACAGUUCCACACCGGGGUGGAGAUCAAGAUGUGGGCCAUCGCCUGCUUCGCCACACAGAGACAGUGCAGAGAAGAGAUCCUCAAGGGUUUCACAGACCAGCUGCGUAAGAUCUCAAAGGACGCUGGGAUGCCGAUCCAGGGUCAGCCGUGUUUCUGUAAGUACGCACAGGGAGCCGACAGCGUGGAGCCCAUGUUCAGACACCUGAAGAACCCCUACUCCGGACUGCAGCUCAUCAUCGUCAUCCUGCCCGGAAAAACACCCGUCUAUGCGGAGGUGAAGCGUGUGGGAGACACUCUUCUAGGAAUGGCCACUCAGUGUGUUCAGGUGAAGAACGUGGUGAAAACCUCGCCUCAGACGCUCUCCAACCUCUGCCUCAAAAUCAACGUCAAACUUGGUGGAAUCAACAACAUCCUGGUGCCGCAUCAACGGCCGUCAGUGUUUCAACAGCCUGUCAUCUUUCUGGGGGCGGAUGUGACGCAUCCACCUGCAGGAGACGGGAAGAAACCCUCCAUUGCAGCGGUGGUGGGCAGUAUGGACGCUCAUCCCAGCAGGUACUGCGCCACGGUGCGUGUCCAGAGACCCAGACAGGAAGUGAUUCAGGACUUGGCCUCUAUGGUGCGAGAGUUACUCAUUCAGUUCUACAAGUCCACUCGCUACAAACCCACCAGAAUCAUCUUCUACAGAGACGGCGUGUCUGAGGGCCAGUUUAGACAGGUGUUGUAUUAUGAGCUGCUGGCCAUUCGAGAGGCCUGUAUCAGUCUUGAGAAGGAGUACCAGCCUGGCAUCACGUACAUAGUGGUGCAGAAACGCCACCACACGCGCCUCUUCUGUGCCGACCGCAACGAGAGAGUGGGUCGCAGCGGAAACAUUCCUGCUGGUACGACAGUCGACACGGAUAUCACACACCCCUACGAGUUUGACUUUUACCUCUGCAGUCAUGCUGGAAUACAGGGCACCAGCCGACCCUCCCACUACCAUGUCCUGUGGGACGACAACUGCUUCACUGCUGAUGAGUUCCAGCUGCUCACUUACCAGUUGUGCCACACGUAUGUGCGCUGCACCCGCUCCGUCUCCAUCCCCGCGCCAGCCUACUACGCCCAUCUGGUGGCCUUCCGUGCGCGAUACCACUUGGUGGACAAAGAACACGACAGUGCCGAGGGAAGCCACGUCUCCGGACAGAGUAACGGUCGGGAUCCCCAGGCGCUGGCCAAAGCUGUGCAGAUUCACCAUGACACCCUGAGGACCAUGUACUUUGCCUAAGCCAGCUCACAUCCAUCCCACGUUCGACUAGUCACGCACACGAACCCGACAACCGCAUACACAUGCCAUCACACCUCCCAAAAGCCUGUGCAUCCCUGUGGGUCGAUCUCUGUGGCGAUGGAAGCGCGGCCCGCCCCGACACUGUGCAGCAGGAUGAGGAAGGCCUGCUUUAAUUCCACACGUGGACCUCGGCACUAUUAUGCAAUAUUAAACCAGCCAACUGAGGCCGUUCUGUCAUAUCCCCUC